CCCAUUCAUUCUUACAACCCACAACAAAAAAAAAACACAACAAAAACGAGUGUUUAAUUUUCAACAACCUUUUCAUCUUCCUCUCCGCUGUUCAAUCUUUGCAUGGAAGUGUCCUGUCUGUCAUAUGAGUUGUCUGAACUCUGUCUCGGUAAGCCGCCGCUGAAGUCGAUCUCGACAUCGGCUACCGUCGCCGAGGCGAUUGAAGUCCUGAGAAGCUCCGGCGAGAGUUUCGUCAGUGUUUGGAACUGUGACUACUCUGAAUGUGUGGGGAAGGUUUGUAUGGUUGAUGUGAUUUGUUAUCUCUGCAAACAGGAAAGUCUGGUGUCUCCUGAUUCUGCACUUAAGGCUUCGGUUUUCAACCUUUUGAAUAAGGUUCAUGGUCUUGUUGUGCAUCUAGAAUCUUCUUCUAGCUUAUUGGAGGCAAUUGAUCUGAUACUUGAGGGAGCACAAAAUCUUGUGGUGCCAAUUGUGCAAACAAGAAGAGGUAGCAUUUCAAGGAGAAAACAGCUGCUUCAGAAAUCAUCAACAAUCAGCGGCAUCAACGGCGUUGAGUUCUGCUGGUUGACACAAGAGGAUGUUAUCAGAUUCUUGCUUGGUUCAAUUGGUCUCUUUGCUCCACUCUCUGCACAAUCCAUUUCUGAUCUUGAUAUCAUCAGCUCUGAUGUGGUUGCCAUUGAUUACUAUUCCCCCGCGGCUUCUGUCGUUGAAGCCAUCACAAAGUCCCUUGCGCAACAAACUUCUGUUGCUGUUGUCGACAGUGAUGGAACAUUCAUUGGCGAGAUAUCGCCCUUCACGCUUGCUUGCUGUGACGAGUCAGUUGCGGCCGCUGUGACAACUUUGUCUGCAGGGGACUUGAUGUCCUACAUUGACUACGGCGGCCCGCCAGAGGGUUUGGUUAGCGUUGUGAAGGCCAGGUUGAAGGAGCAGAAUCUGGAGAAACUGCUACAGAAGUUUACAAUUCUGACUUCUCUAGGCAGUGAUAUGUCGGCCUCGUCCUCCUCUGAUGAGGAGAGUCCUACGAGGAGUUUGAAUAGGUCGGGAAAGUAUGCAAGGUCGUCGAGUUACUCGGCUAGAUUUGUGAGGAAGGCAGAGGCUAUAGUGUGUCAUCCAAAAAGCUCUUUGAUUGCUGUGAUGAUUCAAGCAAUUGCUCAUAGAGUGAACUACUUGUGGGUAAUUGAUGAUGAUUGCAGCUUAAUUGGGAUUGUUACCUUUUCUAAUAUCUUGAAAGUGUUCAGAGAACACACAGAAAUGAUUUAGAUAUUUAGAAAAAAAUGUGACAAUGUUUUUGCUUUGAAUGUUCAUAGGGAAGCAUGAACUUUGGUCUUUGUUUUGCUUUAUUAUUUGACUGUGUGAAUCAAUUUUUAAUAAGUUUCCCUUUGAUUCAAAUCUUUGUCAAGAAUUAAUGUUUUUUGUUUUCCUAUGUUUUUGUUUUCCUUACCUUUGACUGAGUGAUUAUGAUUCAAAAUUUUACGGCUAUUGAAAGGAAGAUUCAUUGGUUUUAACUUGUAAGUGUCACAAGAUAAUGAAGAAAGCUGCUUAAUUUUUUUUGUUGCUUUGAUAGCAACUGAUUAAUCAAGUUGUACGAGUUGUUGUUUUUUUUUUUG